CAAGAUGUUAGGCAAAACAACACGCAAAGGUUUGGAUGAAAAGUAAACUCAUAACAUAACUGAAGCUCAAGUCAAUGCUCUUUCGAUACCCAAUUCAUCAAUACACACACGGAGUCUCCCAUGGUUGAAAAUUGAAAUUACUAUCAAGGUAGUUAUAGUCAUAGUAAUAGUAAUAGAUAGAUAUAUAUAGAGAGAGAGAGAAAGUGAGGUUUUGUUUUACAGAGAGAAUUAAAAAACAUUUAGAGAGACACUGAAGGCUAAAAUAACUAUACCCGAUUAUGGAUAAUAACCUUAAUAUCUCCGAGAUCCAUUUUUCAGCUUCAAUCAAUUAAGGAACAUUAAAAUCAAAAUGGGUUGUCCUCAAAAGUCACGAUUUUUUUCUGGGUCAACUCGUGUGCGGUUUUAAAGGGAUUUAUUCAUCUGGGUCAUUCUAAUUUCCUUCAAUUGAUGACAUAAUUUGCUUUUUCAGUUAUUUUCAGAAUCUGGGUUUCUCUCUGAUUGUGUAAAGGAAGAGUCUUUUUGGAGGAGGGGUUAAGGGGAUUUUUUUUGGAUGAGAUAUGGAGGAGCAUGUAGCAGCUUUGCACACUGCUACUAACGCUUUGCAAGCAUUAGGAAGGGGUUUUGAUAUUAACUUCGAUACUAGGUUGCUUUAUUGUAAAGGUGUUUCAGGGUCUAGAGUAGUUGAGAUUGAUGAGGAACAUCUUAUGGACUUGUUUUUGGAUGAUGAUGUUGUUGUUCCUAAUGUUUCAAGGGAUAUUAGAAGCUUUCAUGAACCUAUGGGGCGUCAGAGUUCGGGUGUCUACAGUUUUCAAGAGAUGGUGGAUUAUUUUAAUCAUAAGGCAAAUAUAUCAGGGAAAUUUCCUCUUGGGAGCUUCAACUCUGCAUUUAGCUUUACUGGUUCACAACAUGUAGAUGCGGCAACUACAAAAACCUUAUCUUCAGAUGGAUUUUACAUUCCUCUUGCAAAGGUUCAGCUUCAAAAAUCGAACUUAAUGUUGCAAGAAAAUGUUAGAAGGGCUGUCCCAGUGAAUUGGGAUCCACCAUCCCUGGCAAGUUUUAUUGAAAAUUUUGGGACACAUGUUAUUACAUCGGUAACUAUUGGUGGAAAAGAUGUUAUUUAUAUCAAACAACACCAUACUUCACCUUUGUCAAAGUUGGAGAUAAAAAACUAUAUUCAGGAUAUCGGAAAUCAAAGGUUCUCUGACAUCAAUAGCCACACAAGUUCAGGUCAAACAAAAUCCAAGGAUAAGGGUGUUGAAGCAUUUUCCUUCAAUAGUCAAGGGAUUUACCCUCAACCGACAACUGCAACAUAUCCUACUGGGAAAGAAGAUGUCACAGUCAUUUUUCGAAGAAGAGGAGGUGAUGAUUUAGAACAAAACCACCAUGUAUGGUUAAAAACCGUAAAAUCUUCGCCAGAUAUCAUAGAGAUGACUUUCUGUCCAAUAACAGAUCUCCUUGAUAAAAUACCUGCAAAGGAGCAUUUGACCCGCGCCAUUGGUCUUUAUCUUGAAUAUAAACCUCCAAUUGAAGAACUUAGAUACUUCCUAGAGUUUCAGAUUCCUCGUGUUUGGGCUCCUUUACAUGACAGGAUUCUUGGUCAACAAAGGAAAGAACCUGUUUGCCCAUCUUUGCAAUUCAGCAUAAUGGGCCAAAAACUUUACGUCAGCCAAGAACAGAUUACAGCUGGACGUAGACCAGUAACUGGCUUACGUCUUUGUCUCGAAGGAAUCAAGCAGAAUCGGCUAAGUGUUCAUCUUCAACACUUGGUAUCCCUUCCAAAGAUCCUUCACCCAUAUUGGGACAGCCAUGUAGCUAUCGGCGCUCCCAAGUGGCAAGGACCCGAGGAACAAGAUAGCCGAUGGUUUGAGCCGGUCAAGUGGAAGAAUUUUUCUCAUGUGAGCACUGCACCUAUCGAGAAUCCUGAAACCUUCAUAGGAGACUUCUCUGGUGUCUACAUAGUCACUGGAGCACAGCUUGGAGUAUGGGAUUUUGGAUCACGGAAUGUACUUUACAUGAAGCUUUUGUACUCAAGGUUACCCGGCUGCACGAUCCGAAGAUCACUAUGGGAUCACAUACCAAACAAUUUACCUAAAUCUGCAAUCGCUGGCAACACUUCCAACACGGAUGGCGCAACGAGCGUCAGUUCUAGAGAAAACAAUACUGCAGUGAACAAGUUAUUGAAGCUUGUCGACUUAUCCGAAAUGACCAAAGGACCUGAAGAUCCUCCUGGUCAUUGGUUAGUUACUGGUGGAAAGCUCGGUGUUGAAAAAGGGAAAAUCGUUUUGAGAUUGAAAUAUUCAUUGCUUAAUUACUGAACAUACCGGCAUGACUUGUUUUAGUAGAAGCAAUGUUUUAGGUGAGUAUAGUUUAGUUUUCUCUUGUGGUUAAUGUGAAAACCAUUUUGAGGUUUGAUUACUUGAGUUGAAUAGGAAUAUUAUACUGUUUAGUUGGUUGUUAUUACUUGAUCCAUAUUGUGGCAGUAAAUGCUGUUUUUAUUGCUGCUGUUGAUAUGGUGAUGUGGAUAUCUUAUAGGAGUUAGAAUCUUUUUUCAAACAAUGCCAAGUUAAAGUAAUGUUUAUAUUUUCUUAUAGUAUUGAGAAUACAAAA